UCAUUCGCGUUCUUUUGUUGUCUGAAGUUUCACGUGCCCGAGGCGCCGUCACAUUUCAUCAUUUCUUUCACCUUGUGAAAUGUGCGUGAAUCCUAACGAUUAUUCGAUUUGAUUAGUUUAGUGGUGUCCAAAACAAUAGUGAAACCGGUGUGGCAACAAGAAUGAAAGAAUCACUAAUUACUGAUCAUCGAAAGUAAAAAUGUAAAUUUACAUAAAUACGCAAACAGCGGUGGCGGCCGGCGUGUGCUGCGCUCAUUGAAACGUCACACAGCACCUGUGUUGAGAACCCUAAAACGACAAUUUGCCGGCAGCAGGUUGUUAACUAAUUGUAAACUCAACACAGACUUGCAACGGAGAUGUAAAUAAUUCGCCCCCGUCAAUAAGUGAGAUUAAUUGAAAGCGAAUAGUUUCCAAAAUAAACGAAAUACAUACAAACAAAUAUAUCUAUAUAUACUACGAGUAUUAGAAAAUUAUAUACGUACUACGCACGAACAAGUUCCUGUUAUUUAAAAAAUAUAUAUACAAAUCAAAAAAUCCCAAAAUGUCCCCACUAAUGGCCACUUUGCUGAAGCUCUUGUUCCUUUGCGCCCUGGCGCAUAGCAGCGAUUCGCUGGCGGUGCCCGAUAACAACGCGCAAAGGUAUCAACAACCACCAGCGAUCAGCGCCACAGCUGCGAAACCAUCUCCACCGUAUUUACUCGUGCGCGGCGAUUCCACAUUUGCCUCGUCAGAUGACGCGCUCUCUGUUUUGGAUGCCACAGACUCACAGGCGGAGAAACGCAACUUUGAUGUGGCGGCGCAAUUGCUAAUGACCAUGUACAAUGAGGAAAUGAGAGCGGCUGAGAGCUUUGAGGAAAUGGAGCAAUGCAACAAUCCCUCCCACAAAGCCGUUUUCUCCGGCUACGAUUAUGCGAUAUUGCUCUCUAUGUUGAUUAUAUCGCUGGGGAUUGGCGUUUUUUAUGGCUUCUUCCACAAAUCGGGCAGUUCAUCGGAAGACUUUCUACUCGGUUCGGGUAUGUCUAUAUUUCCGGUUACACUAAGCUUGACGACGAGUUUUAUCACGGCCAUUGAGUUGUUGGGCAACCCAUCGGAGAUGUAUUUGCAGGGCACGCAAUUCGUGUUGAUUGUUAUUCCAAUGAUUAUGGUCAUACCGGUUGCUGUGAAGAUAUUCUAUCCCAUCUAUUUCAAAAUGGAACUGACAAGUUGUUAUGAGUAUCUUGGCAUACGCUUUGGAAAGGAGAUACGUAUUUUGGGCGCUGUUCUAUAUGUUAUACAGAUGUGUUUCUACACCGCCGUAGCAGUGCUGGCACCGGCGAUCGCACUUUCUAAAGCCACAGGCUUAAAUACAAAAGUUGCUGUGAUUCUUAUUUAUUUAGUCUGUGUCUUCUACUCAUCUCAGGGUGGCAUGAAGGCGGUGGUAAUUGCCGAUACCUUUCAGGCUGUCGUUUUGGCCGUCUCCUUGGUGCUAGUCAUUGCUUUGGGUAGUUAUUAUAGCGGUAAUGCUAUUGAGAUUUUCAACACGGCAGCUGAUCGACAUCGUUUAGAGUUCUUCAACUUUGAUUUUGAUCCCACAACGCGGCACACAGUUUGGUCCGUUGUGAUCGGUGGCUUCUUCUAUUGGACCUCGCUAUUCUGCACCAAUCAGGCAUCGGUACAGAAGUGCAUGUCAUUGAAAUCGCUAAAGUUGGCGAAAGUGGCUUUGGGUUUUGCCAUACUCGGACUUGUUAUAGUAUUCCUCAUGAACUUCUACACCGGUCUGAUGAUCUUCAAUCAUUACGCUGAUUGUGAUCCACUAACAGCGGGACGCAUCACCGCUUCUGAUCAACUAUUGCCCUUCUACAUCAUUAGCACUUAUGAACAUAUCUACACGAUUGCUGGCAUUUUUGUAGCGGGUAUCUUCGCGGCCAGCUUGGGCACCGUGGCGUCUGCGUUGAAUUCGCUCUCCGCAGUGACGUGUGAGGAUCUACUUGUGAAUGGCAUGAAUAUCAAGAUUACACCGGAUAAGGGUGCGCUGUACGCCAAAUGGAUGUCUUUGGGUUACGGCAUAUUAUCUUUCGGUUUGGUUUUCAUCGUAGAGAAGUUGGGUGGCGUGCUGCAAGCGACUCUCACAUUGAAUGGUCUCAUUGGUGGAGUCACUUUGGGUCUCUUCGUGCUGGGUAUUGCUUUUAAGAGCGCCAAUACAAGAGGCGCUUUCUAUGGUGGUUUGCUGUCGUUGGCUAUAGUCAUUUUCAUUGGUGUGAUGGCGCAAAUUGUUAAUGUGGAUCCGGUAGAGUUACCCUUGUCAGUGGAACAUUGCGAUUGCAAAGUGAAUGCCUCCUCUUUGAUUUUGCCGGAAACUGUGGAGACAGUGACGCUAACUGGAUUUAGUUCCUGGCCAAUCUUCAAGCUCAGCUACAUGUGGUACUCGAUGAUCGGUACUUUGCUCACAAUAAUCUUGGGUUUGCUCAUUUCGCUCAUCGUUGCUGCUGUGCAACGGCAUAAUGUGCUCAAUAUAAACUCGACGUGCGAGGAGCAAGUGCGUAGCAAACCUGAGACGCCACCACAAUUCAGCACCGAGAUCAAAGUGACCGCAAAAACGGAGCCGGAAGCUGCUGAGAAAUCAGGACAUAUUAAUCUGGCUAUACGUUUGGACGAUGAGUGAAACGUGUAAACGAAAUACCUGAUGUUUCGGGUAGCAUAACCUAGAGGCUUAUAAAAAUUGAGAACACAACAAUUUGACAAACGAUUUGUAUAGGGAACGUUGCAACAACGUUGCUUUAUGUACAAAUUAUUUUCAACAGACUUACCACAUUGCAACUGAGUACUUGUUAUUAAUUAUUAAUAAACUAUAUUUUUUCGAUUUUUAAAUGAUUACAAUGCAAAAUGUAACAAUUAAAUACAACCAGUCAUUAAUUUAGUCCAAUAAGUGUAUAUAAAUAUAUUUAAAUACUAUAUGAUUACAUUAAAGUAAUCAUCAGAUUAUAGAGAAUUAGUUCUUAGAACAUAGUAUUAGUAUGAAGACGAGACGAAUUAAUGAAUUAAGUCACAAGUGAUAAAAUGUAAUUAAACAAUGCACAAAACAAAGAAUUGGUUAAAGUACAAAUAAAAAAAAACAACAAAAUUAUAUGUAAUCAUUACUUUUAAUAUUAUUUUUAAAGACUUCAAUACACAUUGUUAUUGUUUUCUAUUUAUAGUCGCAAAUAACUGUAACAAUGCUAAUAUUGUGUCACACAUAACUGAAAAUAUAUAUAUGUAUUUGCAUUUGCGAAUGCCAUCACUGAUCCUGUUAACUAUUUGUUUACACUCUGCGCAAAUAUCUACAAUUACUUGGAAUGACAUUAAUUACAAUCUCUGAUAAGAAAUUCUAUGUGCGAAUUGCUUUUGUUUUACAAAACAUAUAUAUUCAUAUUGAUAUAGCAUGCAUACUAUAUACCGACAUAUAAAUAUACAAAUGUACAAAAUAAUAGUUGUAAUGGAAAAAUUAAUAAAUUAUUAUUUAAAAUAGCAAAUAAUA